UGAUAAGGCUCCUUCACCAGUUAAUCUUGGCAUCGAGAAUAUAAGUCAUGAUCCCACCCACACUUAACAAUAGCGAAAGAGACGGAAUGCUACGAUACCCUUGAAGGACCAUCAAGUUGACGACGUCAAACCGAGUGGUGCUCAUCAUAAAAAACUAAAUAUAUGAAUAUUAAAAGCUUUUUAUUGUACUUUUGCUUCAAAACAAUGAUAAACAUUCGCAUCACGCACUGUUCACAUCAGUUAAGUACACUGUAGGUCCGACAACCCCAAAAUGAGUUCAAUAAAAAAUAAAGUAAAAAGUACAAGCACAUUCUCCGGACUACAAGAAAGAAUCCCAUUUCACUACUGUAAAGAUACGUGACACAGUGUGCUGAUGGUAUUUUUCAUUUCUUUCAAUUUUCUUUUCAGAAGGAAAAAUAAAAACACAACACAACACAAACUAAACUAAAAUAACAUUGGGGGUAUGGCACACCCAAUAUUUAAUGCGAUGUCGAAUACUGGAACUUUCUGAAUAUAGUGGUAGGGCAAGGGCUAAUAAAGAUUUCUGUCGCAGUCAGUCAUUGAAUAAUGCCGAAACGGCAGUUCAGGCAAUCGGGUAUUCGGGAAACGUCGAUGAGAAACGUGAGACGCUCGCUCAUCCAACCGCAGGAGAGAAAGCCGUGUUUCGAUUUCAGGGAGCACACCACUGCGCUUCUGGUGGCAGGAGAAGAGUUGGGAUAUGGGGUUUAGGGUUUAAGGGAGGUUGCUGUGCAGGUGCAGGGUCGGAAGUCGGAGCCAUGUUUACCACCGCUGUGUUGUGGGCGAGGAGGUCAUCAGGCCUACGCCCCGGGAAGCUGAACAAUUUGGGCGAGCAUGUGGAGAGUGCCUCCCAGACGCUUUACAAAAUCCUCGAGAACCACGGGCCGAUCACCGUAACCGAUUGCUGGAAUCAUGCCGCUCAGAUGGAGGGUAAUGCUCUGAAGAGCAAGCAGCACAUGAAGAUGAUGCUACGGUGGAUGAGGGAGAGGAAGACGGUGCAAAUCAUUUGCCAACAUGCUCGAGACAAAAAGAAGUCCACCCCUGCCGAGAGGAAAUUUUUGUUCUUUUUAACGCCACCCAAAGUGGUGGAUCUAGGGCAAACCGUCAGUGGCCAACACGAUUCUACGGCUCCACUGGCGUAGCUUCCCCGUGAUCAUUGUCAGAUUCUUAUCAUUCUGAAUCCUGAGAAUUUAUUUUUGUUUUUAUUUCUUUUUGAUUACCCGAAAUUUUCGAACACGAGAUGGAGAGGUGCUUGAAGGCUUGGAUGUUAUCCAGGGAUUUUUAAUUCUGGAACAGAGCAGGUGCCAUUGAGGUUGCCAAUAGAAGGAUUAUCCUCAAUAAGAGCGUAAUGUCCAAUUUCGGGCUCUUCUUUGCUAGUAGCAUGGUAUCUUUGGGGUAGAAUUUCGGUUAUGAAGGGCAGUGAACCCGUUCUGUUUCUCUACUUGGCUAAUUCUUGCGCAAGUGUUAUGAUUGAA